GCCCGCCUCCGUGGGGCCGUGCGUCGCCGCGCCGUGCCGUGUCGCGGCCAUGUCGCGGGUGCUGGUGGUGGGCGCGGGGCUGUCGGGCGGUGCCUGCGCGUGGCUGCUGCGUGGGGCGGCCCCGGGCCGCGUCACCGUCUGGGACAAGGCUCGCGGCGCAGGGGGCCGCAUGAGCACGAGCCGCGCCGCCUGGGACGCCGCCUGCACCGCCGACCUGGGCGCGCAGUACGUCACGCGCGAGACGAAGCGCGCGGGGCGGUGCUGCAGCUUCUAUGAGGAGCUCUUGUGUCAUGGCAUCUUGAAACCGCUGAUGGCACCUGUUGAAGGAAUGGUAGCGAAAGAAGGCUCGUGCAAUUACAUGGCACCCCAGGGCAUCUCCUCCGUUGUCAAGUAUUAUUUAAACCAGUCAGCAGGUGCAGAUGUCUUCUAUGAGCAGCAUGUGACUUGCAUCUCUCUCCGAGAUGGGAAAUGGGAAGUCUCUAGAAAAACGGGACCGCCAGAACAGUUUGAUAUAGUUAUUCUCACAAUGCCUGUUCCACAAAUUCUUCAGCUGCAAGGUGACAUUGUAAACAGCUUUGCCAAGCUGUCGUGCCACACCGCUGAAAUCUGCCAGUCCUGGGGGCUGCAGAAGCUGGAGAGAAGCUGUGGAAGAGGGGAAGGAUGGAGGAGGAUGGAGAUGACAGCCUGCGGGAGACUCACGGAGAUGAGAGAGCGUUGCCAGUGCCCAGUAAUUAAUGAAAGUCAAAAGCAGCAACUGGAAUCUGUGAGCUACUCCUCCCGCUACGCUCUGGGACUUUUCUAUGAAGCUGGUACACGGAUUGAUGUCCCCUGGGCUGCACAGUACAUCACCGAUAAUCCCUGCAUACGCUUCAUCUCCAUCGAUAAUAAGAAACGCAAUAUAGUACGGCUGCUCAGUAAAGAUUGGAGAACAUCCCGCAAGGCAGACACUUCUCAUCUGUUUCUGGAAGAUGGCAGUCGAGUUCACAGUCAUUCCGGUUGGAAGGGACCACUGGAGGUCAUCUGGUCCUACCCCCAUGCAAGGUUUGACAUUAGAUCCAGCUGCAACAUUAGAUCAUGUUCUCAAGACCCCGAUGUGAUGUGAGACACCUUUGCACUGCUGGCUUAUAUUCAAUGGUGGAUCCACCAUAACCCAGCGGCAUCUUUUCGGAAAGGUAUGUUGCUCUGCCAGACUGAAGCAUCGGGUCGUCCUGUGUCAGACACAGGACCUUGAGCUCUUCCUCGUUGUGGUGAUAGUACAGUUCAAGUCAGCUCUUUCAAAUAUACCCUUCUUUGCUACAAAAGCCGGCUGGGUAGCAACGGUUCUUGAAUUGCCUCCAGAAACAGCAGUUUAUGCUGUGAGCAAAGGAGCAGAAGAGAUGAAUCAACUCACCACUGUGGAAGCCAAAUUUUGUUAUUCCUCCUAAGUAUUUAGCCUGUUGGUCUGAAAAGAGGGAAAAUAAAACAAAAGAAUGACCGCACUGGCCAAAACAAAGAUGCAUCCACCCUGAUAUGCUUCCUCCAGCAGGGACCAAUAGUGAACAUGUAAAAAAAAGAGUGUAAGGAAAGCCAAAUACAGAGUGAUUUUUUUUUUUUUUUCUCUGGCAUUGUCUCCUCAUUACUGACAAUAUGCAGCUGGAGAUUUUCUUGCAUCUAAGAUAGCACCGCUGUCAUUGUGUUUAAUGGUAAGUACUUGACAGUUAAUAGCACCUACUGGUAUUGUCCACCCCAGCUGCCUGAUUCUAGCUGUGCAGAAGAGGACGUAGCCCGAGGGAGAAGUUCACCCAUCCUUUCCUCGCCUGCUUGCGUGUGUGCUCUCAAAGCGCCAGCACUGAGAACCAUGAAUAUGGACUUAUCGUUGAAUUAUCAAAUAACAAAGCAUGGUGUCUUUGCUGUCUCCAAAUGCAAUUUAACCAAAUGGAAGGCAUAUAAUUUGGGGCAUAUUGUUAACAAAUACAUAGAAACUACCAGAGCAUCAAUGUUGACACAUACCUUUCUCACUGUAAUUCCCCUCAUAUUGUGAGAGAGAUCUGUUUAUAUGAGCAGAUUUUUCCAAGGAGAACAAAUUGUAUACCUUCCUAGGGCUGGAACAAGCAGCGGGCCAGGCGACUGAAGAUGAUUUCUCUCUGGUAGGGCCUUCCUUGUGACACAUAAACGGUCAACCAGCCGCCUUGACUGCGCCGUCUUUCCUGGUGAACUUGCAUUUUGUGGAUUUGCGCUUUGUUCCAGGAAAAGCAGCGCUAGGGAGAAAGCAGUAUGCGUUAGCUGGAGCAGUGUUUCUGGCUGCGAGUGCUCGAGCUGAGCACAGCAGGGUUGGAAAGCACGCCUGUGUCGUGUUCAGUAAUGCUGGCGUGCAGAAGUAUAAAAAUCAAAAGUGGCCACCAAGUAAUUCACCUUUCUUCAAGGACGUGGAUGGCUCUGCUGAUAACAGAGACACGUGCACAGAAAUACUUCAAGACAACAUAGGCAAGGGGGCUGGAGUGUGAAAUUUAUUUGUGCGUAUACGGUACUGUGGCCAAAAUACUCAAAUGUAAAGUUCCUUUUUGUUUGUUUUAGCAUGUAUGUAAGUAUUUUGCAUUUGUAUUUUCCUUUCUGUGCUUCUGACUGACCUCCAGAACAUUUCAGUGGGAGGCACAGCAGCACACCUCGUUGUCCCUUGUUUGCUGUCUGCUUUUUUGGGGUGCCACUGCUGGUAUUUUAACGCCAUGCUCUGCUCACUCCUCAUUCUUCCAUUCUUCCACCUGGACUGAUCCCGAUUCCUCUGAAGAAAAUGCUAAGCAUCCAGAGAGAGAAAGCAGAAAUGCUCAGGCUAAGGCUUAUGUUGGGCCUCCUGAGUGAAGCAACUGACAUCUUUCAGGACAGUCAUCCUUCCCCAAAAGCCAUCACCUUCUCCAGUUAAUACCUGAACGGUCCUGCUACCACCGUUCCUCCUCUAUGCCAUUUAUUUUUCUGGUGUUUCUACACCUACUUUUAUAUAUCCACGAUUAAUGGAGGUUUAUCUAACCCUUGUUACCACCUCAGAUGGUAACGUUUUAGUAAACAGCACUGAACUAUAGAGAUCCAAUGGAAAUAACUCUGGCUUUCUGAUAAGGGGCUGUUUGUCAAACACGUCAUUAUACAAAGAAUAGCUACAUCUAUAUAAAAAAAGGAAGUAGUCGAGCUCUCAAAGGCCAAAAGGUAAAGUCUUGAAAGUCCAAACUGUCCUUUCCUUCUGUAUGAGAGGUAGUAAUCCCUGCUUUGACU